AUGGCGUGCUUUAGGAGCCGAGAUGAGCAACUGUCAUUCAGCGAGGCGAUCCACCACUCCUACGGCGAUGACGACGUCGUGGACCACUUUGGCUCCGAUUUCCAGGCUAGAGCGAUUUUUUGUCGAUUCCACGCAGGCAUUUCCGCGGAUGGACUCACGUUGAUCCUCCCAACACACAGCAAUCACAGCGUUUUCCAAUCCCCUUGCGAGGUUGUCUUCACUCCGCAUCCUUUUUUGUUCACGCCGCACCGCCGCGAGCCUCCACAAAGCCCCUGUGGAGGUGCUACGAGGGUCCGCGACGGAGCGGAGGUAUCCUUCCUGUUGAAAAAACCCACUGACAACCGUUUCAUCGUGGCAGUCGAGGAAGCUGACGCCGGGGGCCCUCACUGCCACUACUCGCCCUGCACAUCCAGCAGCAUUCCCUCGAUCUGCGCCGCGGAAGAGCACACGGUGCAGCGUCCGAUCACGGUGAGAUGCACCACCGCCAGCACAACGCUGAAGCAGAUGAGGGAGGAUGCCCAGGCAAAUACCGCGGUGGAGAUCUGCUACGCUUCGCCCGGAAGCACCCUCGCGGCGCACGGCAAGGGGGUGGGGUCCUGCCCGACGUGUUGGUCGCUCACCAUGGACGACUACACCGUCGACCCUACGAGCUACUCCAUCACCAUCGCCUACAUCCAGAUACGCGAUAAUCUGCUCUUUGCGAUUAAGCCGACGGGUGUGCUGCCCAUGGGCGCAACCGGAGGGGGGGUUGGCGGCGGGAAUCACUCGAAAGGCCUGGAUGCGGUCGAUCUUUCGGUGGCAGCUUCGACCGACGAGCUGGACGCCUACCACGCGACCGCGGGCAGCACCACCGCUACUACCUCGUCAGUUCUUCCCCAGGCCAUCGAGAAUAUUACCACGGCCGCUGUUAUGCGUCGCCGCUGGUUCUUCGCGCACCCCUCCGCGAAUCUCGAGCCACCCUCCGUGGCUUCGUGGACGCAGCUCUGCUCCUGCGCGGUUCUGCCACUCUACGGCGUGAAGUCGGUCUACCCACGCGACGCCUUCUACACCGUGAGCCCGCAUCAGUACACGGUGGAUCACGGCCGGGGUGGCAACCGCGGCGACGUCUUGGAGUUCAUCCUCCAGCGUCUUCAGCAGCAGUACCAGAUCGUCCUGGAGAGUGGCCAGCAGGCGGGCGCCCCGCUGCAGUGCUGCAUCCCCCACACGUCGCUGUUGCCGAACACGGGGUUCGAGCUCUCGGUUGGGCACCAAACGCACACUCUGAAGGUGGGCGAGACGGCGAGCAGCCUGUCCGUGAGCCGCAUGCUGCAUCGUGGGAUGUACCGGAAUGGGCAGGUCAGCCGCGUCCUCUCCUACCGCUACGCGCUGUGGAAUUACCUCGACGACCGGUUCGAUCAGCGAGAGGCCCACAUGGGCAUCCAAAUCGGCGAGAAGAAUGACUACGGCUGGGAGGUGCUGGAUCUGUGGGUGCAGGCCCGGCUCAGGGGCCCCAUUCCGCGGAGCCUGGACAUUUGGCUCCGGCCGCGGGAGAUCGCGGUCGCAUUGGUCCCGGAGAACCCGGCGAAGCCGCCGUCGUUUGAGGAGUUCCUGCAGCUUAUCACCUACCGCGCAAGUGUCCACCUGCGGCCGCGCAAUGGGAUGGAGUGGCGUCUCGAUACGACGCCGCUCUCCGUUGAGGUGCCGUCGUCGUCGUCGCCACCCUUGCCGAUGGAGACGGUGGUGCUCGUGCAGGACCACACCCACACGCUGGACACUCGUAGCAUUGUGGACGCCAGCACCGGCCGGACUGUCGUGCUCGAGAAGGCCAUCAACGACCGCACGAUGGGGGUGGAUGUGAUCCUAUCGCCGAAUUACAACCCGAACUGUAUGUACCUGCUCAAAUUAACGUGGCUAGCGUGCGCGGGAUCGAUCGUGUUGGAUUGGUACUGCUCCUUUGUAGCCAACGCCAUGCGGCACCGGUUUCGAGGGGUCCCCCUCCCUUGCUAUUAUCAUAACCCUAAGAAAGAGUUGCUCACUGUGCACACGAGUGUGAGGGCGGGCGCCACGGAGGAGGAGUCCCUCCUGCGGCACCUUUUCCUCUUGCUCACGCAGCCGAAGUAUCGGUACUAUCCGGAUACCCCCGUGAUGGGCCGCUGCUGCCGUCUCCUCCACGCCAGCGGGCUUUGCUACGUCGUCGCCCCCCCUGGCGGCGGUGCGGUGAUGGAGUGGUACCAGAACGCCUGCGUGCAGCAGGGCUCGCCGCUGCAAAGGGAACUUCACCAGCAAUUCCUUGAGGCCGUCGAGACCGCGCGGGGCGAGGUGCGGCGUACGUCGGGGUUGGUUCAAGGGGGUGGUGAGCGAUAA